GCAGCGGCCGCUGCGGCGCGAUGGCGGCGGGGCUGGCGCGGCUCCUGUUGCUCUUCGGGCUGUCGGCCCGCGGGCCCGCGCCGGUAGGUGCCGCGAAGAUGAAGGUGGUGGAGGAGCCCAACACGUUCGGGGUGAACAACCCGUUCUUGCCCCAGGCCAGUCGCCUCCAGGCCAAGAGGGAUCCUUCACCCGUGUCUGGGCCCGCGCAUCUCUUCCGACUCUCGGGCAAGUGCUUCAGCCUGGUGGAGUCCACGUACAAGUAUGAGUUCUGCCCGUUCCACAACGUGACCCAGCACGAGCAGACCUUCCGCUGGAACGCCUACAGUGGGAUCCUUGGCAUCUGGCACGAGUGGGAGAUCGCCAACAACACCUUCACGGGCAUGUGGAUGAGGGAUGGUGACGCCUGCCGUUCCCGCAGCCGGCAGAGCAAGGUGGAGCUGGCGUGUGGAAAAAGCAACAGGCUGGCCCACGUGUCCGAGCCAAGCACCUGCGUCUAUGCGCUGACAUUCGAGACCCCCCUCGUCUGCCACCCCCACGCCUUGCUAGUGUACCCGACCCUGCCAGAGGCCCUGCAACAGCGGUGGGACCGGGUAGAGCAGGACCUGGCGGACGAGCUGAUCACCUCCCAGGGCCAUGAGAAGUUGCUGAGGACACUUUUUGAGGAUGCUGGCUACUUAAGGACCCCAGAAGAAAACGAACCCACCCAGCUCGAGGGAGGUCCCGACAGCUUAGGGUUUGAGACUCUGGAAAACUGCAGGAAGGCUCAUCAAGAACUGUCAAAGGAGAUCAAAAGGCUGAAAGGUUUGCUCACCCAGCAUGGCAUCCCCCACACGAGGCCCACAGGUGAGUCACCUGUGGGGAGAGGGCCAGGCCCACCGUCACACUCACCACCUGUGGGUCCAGGUGAGGAUUGGCCACCUGCUGUUUUGGCAGAAACUUCCAACUUGGAGCACUUGGGCCACAAGACGCCCAGAGCCAAGCCUCCAGCACAGCUGCGGGGUGACCCAGGACUGCGUGGCAGUUUGUGACCUUGUGGUGGGAGGGCAGAGGUGGACACGGCCAAGAGCCCUACAGAGAAGCUGGCUGGUAGGACCCCCAGGGACCAGCUGGCCAGGCUUGUGCUCAGAGAAGCAGACAAAGCAAAGAUUCAAGGUUUUAAUUAAUUCCCAUACUGAUAAAAAUAACUCCAUGAAUUCUGUAAACCAUUGCAUAAAUGCUAUAGUGUAAAAAAAUUUAAACAAGUGUUAACUUUAAACAGUUCGCUACAAGUAAAUGAUUAUAAAUACUACCCUUCUGGGUUAAGAAAAUUCCAUUCAAAUAACAUUCUCAUCUAAAUAAACAUACAGAUUGAGGCUUCCAGAAAUUAAUCCACGUGACGCGUCCACACGGAACAAGGUCUGCUGACCACAGUUACACACGUCGUGACACCACAGUAUCACGGCUAAUGUUGAACACUAGAGUUACAGACGACAGGCAACAAGAACACGCAGAACCGGCCACCAACCAGCUCCUAUGCCCGGUGACCGCCAUGGCCACAGGUGGGAGCCGCUGGGCCCGCCUCCACCUCUGCCUCCACGGGGCACCUUCCAGCCACUGCUGUGCCUCAGCCACCUGGGAUCUAUCCCUGAGGCCUUGGCCACCAAGACGGGUGAGGGAGGCCCCAGGGCGGACAGACCCAGGAUCUUGCCCCCAUUUCCAACCCUGGCAGCGCCACCAGCCAUUCUUUGGUCUUCCCACCACUCACCUGUCCUCAGAGCCAGUGCUGAUCUGGGGGAGCAGGUGCUACCUCCAUCUCCCAGCUGUCCCCCCCCACCCCUGGGGCUCCCCAGCUCCACCACCCCAGAAGCUGAGCCAUGGAGACACCCUGAGGGGCAGCCGCCACCUCAUUCCCAGGAAGAGCAGAGCAGCUGGCAGACUAGAGGCUCAGCUGCUCCUGACCACUGACAACCGGGAGACGCUGGGCAGACACCACUUAUCCCAGAAAAGACCAGAGGCUCGAAAUGGGAACCAAGUGCAUAAAUACUAAUAAAAACAGGAUUUUACACACUGA